AAAGAUGCUUCAUAUUGGCAGGUUAUGUCUGCACUACCCACGGUUGAGCUGGACCCGCCAACUAUUUCCAUGACUUUUGGUGUCAAUGACUCGCCACUGGCUGGUCGUGAUGGUGUACAUUUAACCGGAGGAAAAAUUGGUGAUCGGCUAAUGGCUGAAGCUGAAACGAAUCUUGCCAUAAAUGUAAUUCCUGGCUUGUCAGAAUCGUAUGAGGUUCAGGGAAGGGGGGAACUUCAACUGGGUAUCUUGAUUGAGAAUAUGAGGCGUGAAGGAUUUGAACUUUCUGUCUCACCACCUAGAGUCAUGUAUAAAACUGAGAACGGGCAAAAGCUUGAGCCAAUUGAAGAGGUGACUAUGGAAGUUAAUGAUGAGCAUGUGGGAUUAGUUAUGGAAGCUUUGUCUCACAGGCGAGCUGAAGUCACUGACAUGGGUCCUGUCCCUGGAAAUGUUGGCAGAACUAGAUUGUCUUUGACAUGCCCAUCAAGGGGCCUGGUUGGGUACAGAAGUGUGUUCAGCAGUGAUACCCGUGGAACUGGAUUUAUGCAUCGUGCUUUCUUAACUUAUGAAAAAUUUCGAGGAGCUCUUGGAAAUGUAAGGAAAGGAGUAGUGGUAUCAAUGGGCUAUGGCACAAUCACAGCUCAUGCACUUAUGAGUUUGGAAGCUCGUGGAACUCUCUUUGUAAUUCCUGGAAUGGAGACUUAUGACGGUAUGAUUGUUGGUGAACAUUCACGGGAUACAGAUCUUGAUGUCAACCCUGUUAGAACCAAGGAACUUACUAAUGUGCGUGCUGCUUGUAAAGAUGAGAAUGUGAAGCUAUCUCCCCCACGUCUUAUGACUCUUGAAGAAGCCAUAGGAUAUGUAGCUUCUGAUGAAUUGAUUGAGGUUACACCAAAGGCCAUUAGGUUGCGAAAGAGAUACCUGGAUGUUAACAAACGAAAAGCCAUGAGCAGAAGACCGAAGGAAUGAGAUUCUUUCUUCAGUUUUGUAGUGUUGUAAUGUAGUAUAUUCAUACACAUUCGUUUGGUUAGUCUAGGUUAAUAACAUAGCAUACAAGAACCAUUUUUUUUUUACUAUAAGAGAGCUGAAUUAUGCGAAUGGAGAAACGUAGAAACACUGCUGAAAUAAGGUUUAGAAAUUUGAUAAAGAUUUUAUUUGCUAGAUUAGAAACAUAGCAACCAGUGGAACUGGUUCCUCGCAUCAUUCUAAGAAUAAUUUAUAAGUGUAUUUAACACAUUCAAAGAAUACUUAUAAGUUUAUUUCCUUUAGUUCUUUGAAGCAUUCA